GCCCGCGGCCCAGGCCGGGCGGCGGCAGCGGCGGGCGGGGUUCUGGCGGCGCGCGGUUUGGGGGUUUUUUUAUAACCCUGGCCGGCGGCUCAGGAAGUGCCGUCCCCGCGCCCCCUCCCCCGGCCACGCCGCCGCGCUCGCUCCCUCCCUCCCUUCCUGCGCGGGCCGGCGAGACGGCGGCAGAGACGGGACUGAGGCCCGGGCGGGCUGGCGGCCGGCCGCGGGCUCCGAAGAAGAGACAGAGACCCAGAGAGGCUCACACACAGGGGUCCAACACUGCGCCACUAACGGAAGAUCCCAAAAGUUCCUCCCUCCCAGGAGCCCAGUGAUGCUGCCCAGGCUGUGAACAGGGAAGGCGGCGCUGUGGGGGCUGCCGGCAGCCAGGGCUGGGGAGAGACAUGUGGACACGUGGCCUCUAUGGCUCCCGCCUGCCAGAUCCUCCGCUGGGCCCUCGCCCUGGGGCUGGGCCUUACGUUCGAGGUCACGCACGCCUUCCGGUCUCAAGAUGAAUUCCUGUCCAGUCUGGAGAGCUAUGAGAUCACCUUCCCCACCCGAGUGGACCACAAUGGGGCACUACUGGCCUUCUCACCCCCUGUCCCCCGGAGGCAGCGUCGGGGCACAGGGCCUGCAGCAGAGUCCCGCCUCUUCUACAAGGUGGCCGCACCCAGCACCCACUUCCUGCUGAACCUGACCCGCAGCCCCCGCCUUCUGGCAGGGCACGUCUCCGUGGAGUACUGGACACGGGAAGGCCUGGCCUGGCAGAGGGCCGCUCGGCCUCACUGCCUCUACGCUGGCCACCUGCAGGGCCAGGCUGGCAGCUCUCACGUGGCCAUCAGCACCUGUGGGGGCCUGCAUGGCCUCAUUGUGGCAGAUGAGGAAGAAUACUUGAUUGAGCCCCUGCAAGGUGGGCCCAAGGGGGGCCGGGGCCCAGAGGAAAGUGGCCCCCAUGUGGUGUACAAGCGCUCCUCCCUGCGUCACCCCCACCUGGACACAGCCUGUGGAGUGAGAGAUGAGAAACCAUGGAAGGGGCGGCCUUGGUGGCUGCGCACCCUGAAGCCACCACCUGCCAGGCCCCUGGGCAAUGAAACAGAGCGAGUCCAGCCGGGUCUGAAGCGCUCAGUCAGCCGAGAACGCUACGUGGAGACCCUGGUGGUAGCUGACAAGAUGAUGGUGGCCUACCACGGGCGCCGAGAUGUGGAACAGUACGUGCUGGCCAUCAUGAACAUUGUUGCCAAACUUUUCCAGGACUCAAGUCUGGGAAACAUCGUUAAUAUCCUGGUAACACGGCUCAUCCUGCUCACGGAGGACCAGCCCACUCUGGAGAUCACCCACCAUGCUGGGAAGUCCCUGGACAGCUUCUGUAAGUGGCAGAAAUCCAUCGUGAACCACAGUGGCCAUGGCAAUGCCAUUCCAGAGAACGGUGUGGCCAACCAUGACACAGCAGUGCUCAUCACGCGCUAUGACAUCUGCAUCUACAAGAACAAGCCCUGCGGCACACUAGGUUUGGCCCCCGUGGGAGGGAUGUGCGAGCGAGAGAGAAGCUGCAGCAUCAAUGAGGACAUCGGCCUGGCCACGGCAUUCACCAUCGCCCAUGAGAUCGGACACACGUUUGGCAUGAACCACGACGGCGUGGGGAAUAGCUGCGGGGCCCGGGGCCAGGACCCAGCAAAGCUCAUGGCAGCCCACAUUACCAUGAAGACCAACCCAUUCGUGUGGUCAUCCUGCAGCCGCGACUACAUCACCAGCUUUCUGGACUCAGGCCUGGGGCUCUGCCUGAACAACCGGCCCCCCAGACAGGACUUCGUGUACCCAACAGUGGCACCCGGCCAGGCCUACGACGCGGAUGAGCAGUGCCGCUUCCAGCAUGGAGUCAAAUCGCGUCAGUGUAAAUACGGGGAGGUCUGCAGCGAGCUGUGGUGUCUGAGCAAGAGCAACCGGUGCAUCACCAACAGCAUCCCGGCCGCCGAGGGCACGCUGUGCCAGACACACACCAUCGACAAGGGGUGGUGCUACAAGCGGGUGUGCGUUCCCUUCGGGUCACGACCGGAGGGAGUGGACGGGGCCUGGGGCCCGUGGACCCCGUGGGGCGACUGCAGCCGGACGUGCGGCGGCGGCGUGUCCUCCUCCAGCCGUCACUGCGACAGCCCCAGACCAACCAUCGGGGGCAAGUACUGCCUAGGUGAGAGACGGCGGCAUCGCUCUUGCAACACCGACGACUGUCCCCCUGGCUCCCAGGACUUCAGGGAAAUGCAGUGCUCCGAAUUUGACAGUGUCCCCUUCCGUGGAAAAUUCUACACGUGGAAGACAUACCGAGGAGGGAGCAAGCGGGGAGCCCCAGAGCUGGGUCUGAUGGGGCUGUGCCCCCCAGGGGGCGUGAAGGCCUGUUCGCUCACAUGCCUAGCAGAAGGUUUCAACUUCUACACGGAGAGGGCAGCAGCCGUGGUGGAUGGGACGCCCUGCCGCCCAGACACAGUGGACAUUUGUGUCAGCGGCGAGUGCAAGCAUGUGGGCUGCGACCGGGUCCUGGGCUCUGACCUGCGGGAGGACAAGUGCCGAGUCUGCGGGGGUGAUGGCAGUGCCUGCGAAACCAUCGAGGGGGUCUUCAACCCAGCCUUGCCUGGAACUGGGUACGAGGAAGUCAUCUGGAUCCCCAAAGGCUCUGUCCACAUAUUCAUCCAGGACCUGAACCUCUCCCUCAGCCAUCUGGGCAUGAAGGGGGACCAGGAGUCCCUGCUGCUGGAGGGACUGCCUGGGACCCCCCAGCCCCACCGCCUGCCCCUGGCUGGGACCACCUUUCAGCUUCGACCGGGGCCAAAUCAGACACAGAGCCUGGAAGCACUGGGGCCCAUUAACACAUCUCUCAUCGUCAUGGUGCUGGCCCGGACAGAGCUGCCUGCCCUCCGCUACCGCUUCAACUCCCCCAUUGCCCGCGAUGCACUGCCCCCCUACUCCUGGCACUACGCACCCUGGACCAAGUGUUCGGCCCAGUGUGCGGGUGGCAGCCAGGUACAGGCCGUGGAGUGUCGCAAUCAGCUGGACAGCUCAACCGUGGCCCCCCACCACUGCAGUGCCCACAGCAAGCUCCCCAAGAGGCAGAGGGCCUGCAACACGGAGCCCUGCCCGCCAGACUGGGUUGUUGGGAACUGGUCACGCUGCAGCCGCAGCUGUGAUGCAGGCGUGCGCAGCCGCUCCGUGGUGUGUCUGCGCCGCAUGUCAGCCGCCGAGGAGAAGACACUGGAUGACGGCGCGUGCCCACAGCCACGCCCACCGGUCCUAGAGGCCUGCCACGGCCCCGCCUGCCCGCCUGAGUGGGCCGCUCUUGACUGGUCCGAGUGCACCCCCAGCUGCGGGCCAGGCCUCCGCCACCGCGUAGUUCUUUGCAAGAGCGCCGACCACCGCGCCACGCUGCCUCCCACGCACUGCCCACCCUCUGCCAAGCCGCCAGCCACCAUGCGCUGCAACUUGCGCCGCUGUCCCCCCGCCCGCUGGGUGGCGGGUGAGUGGGGCGAGUGCUCUGCGCAGUGCGGCCUCGGGCAGCAACAGCGUGCGGUGCGCUGCUCCAGCCACACCGGCCAGCCAUCCCGCGAGUGCGCUGAGGCGCUGCGGCCACCCACCAUGCAGCAGUGCGAGGCCAAGUGCGACAGCACGCCACCUGAGGAUGGCCCCGAAGAGUGCAAGGAUGUGAACAAGGUCGCCUACUGCCCCCUAGUGCUUAAAUUUCAGUUCUGCAGCCGAGCCUAUUUCCGCCAGAUGUGCUGCAAAACCUGCCAUGGCCGCUAGGGGGCUGCGGCCCCCUGAGACACAACUGGGCGCCGGCUUGUGGGGGACCCGGCCUGCAGCUGGCCAGCCUGAAGGAGCCUGCGAGGGCGGGAGCUGGGAGUGAAGGGUGAGAUGGAGCCAAAAGUUAUUUAUUGGAAACACCUGCAGGGCCCUUGGCUGGAAGAUGGAGAGGAGCUGGCCACCCCAGGGCCCCUCCCCAGCCCCUCUCUUAAUUCACAAAGUCCCUUCAGGAUGGGUUGGAGGAGGGAACAACUGUUCGCCCUAGCGCCCUUUUCACCCACCCCUACGGAGUCCCCCAACUCCCCCACCUUUGAUCGGAAUAUGUACUGUGAAGAGUGGGGGUGGGGAGGGGGUCAGUCAGUGCCCUGACCCCCAGCACUGCCCUAGCCCCCCACUCUGAGCUGGAGGGGGUCUGUGUCCGCCAUGGGGGAUGGGGAUUAGCACCACCUGCCUGACACCCUCCCCCUGACCAGACCAGCCACCGGGGUGGGGCAGAGCUGGGAAUAUCCACCCCAACCUCUGCCCGGCCUGCCCCAGGGGGACCCGAACAUCCAGGCCGCCCCCAUCGUGGUGCUACAGGCCCUGCCCUGGGGCCCACACACUCUUCGCCAGGAAGCCCUAC